AUUUAUCUAAAGUCUCUAUUUUUAAUCUGUGCUAAGUCUAUUAUAUAUGUAUUCUUUUUACCUAUGUACUUUAAAAAUAUACCUAUUAAUAUUGAAAUUAAUUUAAAUCAAAUAUGUUUUGUACUGCAUUUCGCAUAUUUUCUUUACAAAGCCGCCCUCAUAAAUUGGUUUCACGGAAUGUUGUGAGAGUUAAUACUGUUAUUGGAAAGAAACAUGCAGCUGAUCAACUGGAAUAUAUAAAAUCGGCCGCUGAAGAAAAUAUUGUCGAUUGGUCAGAAGUAAAGAAAAAUGCCUUAUCAAUACAAGGGUCUUUAAAUUCUAAGAAUAUUGAUGCGGUACUUCUAAAAGUUAUGGUUAAUGUUAGAAACUUUGAUGCGGCACUGUCGUUUGCUGAUUAUCUCAGAGACACCAACAGUGAAUUGAGUUUGGGAUCUAUUAAUAGUCUGUUGUUACUAUACUACCAGAUAGGAAGGACGGAGAAGUUAACAGAUGACCAAAAGAAGUUUAUAUUGGAUACAUAUAAGAGUCUCUAUGAUAAAUAUACAGUAUUAGAUUUUACAACUUGUGAAAGACUACUUCAUGCUUUAUGUGUAAUAGAUGAAUGGAAGAAGGCAUUUAAAGUUCUCGAUAACAUAUUUUUGAGCUGUAAACCGUCACAUUCGGCGUAUAGUACAUUAAUAGCGACACUAUUUCGAUGUAAUAAAAAGAAUGAAGCAAUGAAGUUAAUUGAACAAAGUGUCAGUAAUAAUAGGCCAUUGAUGGAUGGUGCAUAUGAAGCAUGGAUUAACUAUAUCCUCAGGAAAUAUAAGGAUAAGAAAACAAUAUUGAAAUACAUGGAGGACAUCUUGAUAUUUAUAUCUGAUAAUCUAACAAAAGUUAAUGCAGAGACUGCUCAGAAAAUACGACAUUAUUACAGUUCUCAUAGUUGGGAUGUACAAUUUACUAAAAUUAGAAAGUCAGAUGGCCAAUGCAUGAAGUGUUCUGAAACACUAGAUCCAUUGCAGUUAACUGGAGAACAAUUUAAAAUGUUACAAGAGAAUGUGAAAGAAAAGUUGAUUGUUGGUUCUAAUUUGUUUCUAAAGACAUCACCCGAUGAAUUGAAUAGGUUUUUAGAAUUUCUAGAGAAGACUGCACCAUAUGAUGUUGUUUUAGACGCUCUGAACAUAGCAUAUGCUGGUAAAAGAGGGCCAAUGGAUAGAUACAGGGUUUUGAAUUAUGUUGUUGAUUAUUAUAGCAAGAUGAAUAAGAGGAUAUUGUUGUUGGGAAGAAAACAUAUGCUCCGUUGGAAGAAUCACCAGAUACAGAAGUUAAUGAAUAAAACCUGCAGCUUCUUCACUGAAGACUUAUCACAGGACGAUCCUUUCUUCAUAACAGCAGCGAUAUGGAGUGGACCACAUACCGAUAUUGUGUCUAAAGACCUUCUGCGAGGGCACAUGUUCUUGAUGCAAGACGAGAAACUGAAGCUGAUAUUCAGGAAGUGGCAGUGGCAACAUCAGUGGAUGGUGUUCAUAAACAAACAGGGCAGGAUCAUAUUACAGGAACCACUGAGGUUCAAUCCGUACGCACAGAAAAAUAACGGCAGCUGGCAUUUACCGUACGAGACUGAAGAUGUCACGGACGCGCCUCAAAUCAACGACGGCGUGCCGGAUUUGUCAAAGUGGCUUUGUUUAAGAUAUAAACCAGUUAGAUGAUAAAUAUACAAAUAAUAUUUUAUUACUUAUGUUUUAUUACUUUAGGUUUUCCUAGUUCAGCCGUCAGUCUCCACAAUACAUAAACUGUGUAUUCUUAAGUGAAUAGUUUGUUGUGUUUUUAAUAUUUUAAAUAAUAUUUAUAAAUAAAUUGUUAAAAUUUAA